AUGAGUAACGAAGCUUACCAGCAUGAUCAUACCGUAAAUCCUCACCAGAAGAUAGUUGUGAACAGCUACGAUUGGUUACAGUUCCGUGAUGAGCAAGAUCACUGUAAAAGUAAGAACCCGAUAACGCACGCUUCUCCAGGGGUCGGUUCGAAUGCACAGAAUUCAGACAUAGCGGAGGCCCCUCAGGUAUUCCACCCUUCCUAUCAAUCUCUGGUCAACGUACCGUCCGAGAGCCCGCGACCUGAUCAGACUUCAGGGUCCAAUCCUGCCGUUGGACUGCUUCAUAAUGCAGAGGACAAAGCGUCAGGGCAAGAAGAAGAAGGAAGUCAAUAUGAGAUUCAAUAUUCGGUAUUUCGUCCGCUGCAUGCAUAUCCAACCAAGGGCCUAGCAUAUGAGCAGCUCCGAAGAAAAGAAGAACAAGAACAGAGGGAAAACUUCAACCAUUUGGUUUCUGACUGUAUUGAGGCUGUAGAGACAUUUGGACGCGAACUCGAGAGAAUCCAAACUGGCUCAAGUGGGUCGUACUUUGUGUAUGGAACACGGGCCGACGAAAGCGUUCCGGUGGGGGUCUUCAAGCCCAAGGAUGAGGAACCAUAUGGCCCAUUUUCUCCCAAAUGGACCAAAUGGGCACACCGCACGUUUUUCCCAUGUCUGUUUGGCAGAAGUUGUCUGAUUCCAAACCUCGGGUACAUCUGUGAAAGUGCGGCUAGUUUGUUGGAUAGGCGACUGGAAACGCAUCUAGUACCCUAUACAGAUACUGCAUCUAUAGAGUCUUUUAAUUUUUAUGAUAAUAGAAAAAAAUGGGUAUUGGGAUACAACCUUCAGAAGAAGAAACAAAAAAAGCUGGGUUCUUUCCAACUUUUUUUGAAGGAGUACAUCAACGCCGAUGAGUUCUUUCAUAAAUACCCAUUACCUGGGAUGUAUUCAGAUGUUAAACAUUCAUUUCAUCGUAAGUCAUCCGGCGAAGAUAUCAAUCAUAAACCAGAGACAACCAGGAACCUAACAGAUGAGACAGAACCGUCCAAGCAAAUAAAUUCCUCUCCAAUUUCGACGGAAUCUGAAGAAAAUUCGAAAUUUGAAUGGACAGAAUCAAGUUUGAGUCAGUUCAGAUUGGAACUAGAAAAACUAAUUAUCCUUGAUUAUAUAAUGAGAAACACAGAUAGAGGUCUAGACAAUUGGAUGGUGAAACUAAUCAAACUUUCAAACAAUAAGUGGAGACUCAAGUUAGCCGCCAUCGACAAUGGGUUGUCCUUUCCCUGGAAGCAUCCUGAUGAGUGGCGUCUGUACCCAUAUGGCUGGUUGUAUUUGCCUCUGCAACUACUAGCCAAACCAUUUUCUGAGCAAAUGAGAUCUCAUUUCCUACCGAUAUUGACAAGCACUAAUUGGUGGGAAGAGUCGUACCAAGAAUUCUUGGCCCUAUUUAGCAGGGACCAAGAUUUUAACGUCCGAAUGUGGAAGAAGCAAUGGGCAGUAUUAAAAGGACAGGCGUUCAACGUUGUCGAAACAUUGAAAGACCCACGACAAGGCCCCUUGGAAUUGGUUAGAAGGACAAGGUGCCAGGUAAUAGAUGAGAAGAUGCAAGUUCCCUGUUGCCCACCUCCAGUUUCUAUUUUCAAAAACGCCAUAGACGAACCUAUUGGAUCAUAUUCCACUUCACCAAUGGUACUCCCUAGCACCCCAAGCACAAUUCCAUUUCAUGCACAUAACCAAAGCAAUAGUAAUCCUGUAUACUAUGAUUCCACUCUGCACCCAUUUGCUAAUAAAACAGUGAUAGCAGAGCGGCUACAAAUAGUCAAUUCCACCCCCGUAUUCACCUGGUGUUGA